UUGUACCCGGAAGCAGGAACAAGAUUUGAGUUGUCAAAUCCUUCAACCUGUCGAGCCGGAUUUGUCAACGCGGAUUGUGACGUGUGGAGCUCGAAGCGGACACACACUGGGACACACUGGACGGUGUGUGUUAUCUCUGGUGACACGAUGAAGACGCUUUUCCUGCUCCUCACGAUUUCUCUGUGUUUCUGCUCGUUCUCAGCGGCUCCAGCACCAAAAGAGGUGGAUCCACCUUCAAACAAAAUAGGACAAAGCCCUCUUGAUCAGGCGCACAGCACCGGCAAUCUAGCCAAGACGGGGAAACCUGAAGAGAAGUCUGAAAACAGUCAGGCCCAGGCCAAAAUACCAGAUGAGGAAACCAAGACAAAACUGUCUGCGACAACGACACCAAGUCAGGAUAGCAAAGACGCAUUGAAAGCGGUUCAGGAGAAGGUGCCUGUUUUGACAAACCACAACGAGAUUGGAGAGCCAAAAAAGGAUGUCAAGAAGGAAGUGUCAACUGAGAAAAAAACAGAAGUAAAAGCAGCUGAGAGAAAAGCAGGAGAAGGAACUGAUAAAAAAACAGAAGUAAAAGCAGCUGAGAGAAAAGCAGGAGAAGGAACUGAUAAAAAAACAGAAGUAAAAGCAACUGACAAAAAUCCAGGAGAAGAAACUGAGAAAAAACCAGAAGUAAAAGCAGCUGAGAAAAAUCCAGGAGAAGAAACUGAGAAAAAAACAGAAGUAAAAGCAGCUGAGAAAAAUCCAGGAGAAGAAACUGAGAAAAAACAAGAAGUAAAAGCAGCUGAGAGAAAUCCAGGAGAAGAAACUGAGGAAAAACCAGAAGUAAAAGCAGCUGAGAGAAAUCCAGGAGAAGAAACUGAGAAAAAAACAGAAGUAAAAGCAGCAGAGAAAAAUCCAGGAGAAGAAACUGAGGAAAAACCAGAAGUAAAAGCAGCUGAGAGAAAUCCAGGAAAAGAAACUAAGGAAAAACCAGAAGUAAAAGCAGCUGAGAGAAAUCCAGGAGAAGAAACUGAGGAAAAAACAGAAGUAAAAGCAGCUGAGAAAAAUCCAGGAGAAGAAACUGAGGAAAAACCAGAAGUAAAAGCAGCUGAGACAAAUCCAGGAGAAGAAACUGAGAAAAAAACAAAAGAUGAGACCAAGAAGCAAAGUCCAGACGGAGAAGUAGAUGGAAAUAAUGGAAAAACUAAAGAUAUACCUCAGCAUAAUUUACCUGGAAUGGGGGAGGAGACAGAGAGCAGUCAUUUCUUUGCCUACCUUGUCUGUACAGCUGUACUGGUGGCAGUGCUCUACAUCACUUACCACAACAAGCGCAAGAUUAUCGCCUUUCUUCUGGAGGGAAAGAAAUCCAGAUCCACGCGUCGACAUAAUUCAACAGAAUACCACAAGCUGGAACAGGAGCUGUGACCUGAAGUCAUUCUUACGAAGCUGUAACCUGGAGCAGCUGUUUGCACUAUGGGUUUUGUGAGAAGUGGGCGAGUGGACAUCGGCGUUAGAUAUUUUCUCGGGUGUUCUCCACGUUGAUUUCACGUUGUGUUAAUUGCUCUAUUUUGUACUUUUUUUUUUUAGAUGCUUAUUGCAUGACUAUGCAGAUUACAUUGUUGCCUUAUUGAGGGACUUAGUGAAAUGCAAUGAAGGUUUAAAAAGAGAGAAAAAGCAUGUUCUUUUUGCACUUGCGUCGCUAUUCCACGUUUGAGGCAAUCAUAUAAUUUGACCCGACUCAGGUUAUUUCUGUAGCAGAUAAAAAAUGAGCUGUUUGGAAUCCAGCCUUCUUUGUAUAGUACAUUAGUGAUUGCACUGUGUACGUAAAUAAGCCAUUUGAAUCUUUGAAAGCAUCAGGUGUGUAAACUUCCUGUGCAGAUGUUUUAGAUUAAAUGUAUUGAGGUUCACUUUAGAUGUACAGAAGUACCACAACGGGAUUUCAGCUCAUGGUGUUGGCCAGUUGAAUGUAAAAGCAACCUUUAUUUUCAGAUGCUUGCAGGUUUCUUCCACUUCAGCUUCUUAAAGGCUGAUUUGCAAACAUGCUGACAGAUAAAGAUAGAAAAAAUUGUUUAUCUUUUAAAAAAUGCUGGUUUUCUUUUUUGCUGAAGGUGGGAUGAAAGGAUCAACACCUCUCUCACAGCUUCUUGGUAAAUAUAGCUCUAAUAAAGCUUUUCUGUGAGAGAAGGUAACAAAAUGUACCCUCCAGCACAUUUGGUAUUUUUAUUUUGUUUACUCCAAACCAAAACUUAUGUUUUAAGUGUUGCAGUUUUACAAGGUUCUUUGUGUCAAGACCAAUUGAGAAGUAGGGGGAUUUGUGCUAAGGUAAGCUAGCCCUCUGCUAGUUGGAGCUUCAUCUUUAGUGAACAGGCAUGAGUGGUAUCAAUGUUCUCGUCUCAAUCUUCAAGCAAAAUUCCAAAAAUGUUGAGCCGGUGGAUUUAAAUGCAGGGAAGGAACUUAAGUUUUAAUUGCUGUCAGGGUGGUGGGUUUUAAUCAAAACGGUGAACUGGAAGAGGAAACUGUCAAACAGCUGCAUUGUUUUGUCGGUUGUGCACUUUGGACAGAAAAGGGUCUCUGGGGAUAAAUAGAUUGACCACUAAUGCAUUAUAUUUAAACUCUCCUCUUGAUUAGAUGUGUGUGUCGAUGUUUAAUGCUGACUUGUGCCAAAUUAUUAUUUCAUGUGAAUCAGUGUGUGACUUUUGUAAUGUGCCUGUUUCAUAAUUUAAUGCUGUGUUUUUUUUUACUGGGUCAUAAUCUAUGGAAGGGCUGCUGUGUUGAAAGGAAACGUUGUCAGUUUUAUCUUAGCAGAAUCAAAGUAUGUCCCAGAAAUAUAUUUUUAUUGUGAAAUCUGCAAAGCUGUAGUUUGAAUAGUCAUUGGUCGUUACAGUUUGGCCAAAACCUAAAAUGUUUAAUGACCUUAUACAGCUAAAUAGCUUAAGCAUAAUGUUUAUUUCAUUUUGUUCGAAAAUUUUGCAUUACUCAUCCAACUUAAAAGACUAUUGCCUCUAAAAUAAAUGCUAUUUGUACUUUCUGGUCUCA